AUGACAAGAAUCAGAUUGAAGCACUUCCUGCUCGACUGGCAAGAUGGGGUCAGUCAGCAGCCUCGCCUUACCCUGCUACCACCAGAGAUCAAAUAUGAAGUCAUGUCGUACUUGUGCUGUCAAGCUCUUUCUCGGCUAGGCAGAACGUCGACCAUCUGGCGAGACACGACGAUGCCGGCUCUUUAUCGCCUCGAUGCUAAAAAGGGCAAUUCGUCCGCAAUCGUUUGGGCGGCCAAAGUGGGUGUAAGGACUAGCAGGGACAUGGCUACCAAAGUGUUGAGAAACGCCGUCAAGUACUCGGGAGACGUGAAUACAGUACAUUACGAAGACCCUGAUAAUUCGAGACCCAUAUUUGCGACUGCGUUGCAUUAUGCAGUAGCGUCUGGGGAUGUUGGGUUUGUCGGAGAGCUGUUGCACCACGGGGCCAAGCUGGAUGUUCCAUGUUCUGGACUGAAUUGGGGCAAACUCAUCAUGGGCUUGAAAAAGCCGUAUUUUGGCGCGGGUGAAUCGUCAGAAUGGCUGCUGUCCAGGAUUGGGCAGUGGUUGCCGUUUUUCGUUUCCUAUAUUCGGGACGAUCACGACAUGGCCAUGUUGCUGGUACAGCACGGUGCAUCGGCCUGCGUCAUUGACUUUCGAACCCAGUUGGAAAUGCUCAACUUGCCUUCGUGGGGAAUGACGAUUCUGCACAUGAUUGCGUCCGACCAAUCCAAAAAGCCCGCUAUUUGGAAUCGCCUCUUGGAUAUCUUCAAGGCCAACAUCAAUGACAGGGCCGUUUUCUCCCUGGACUCGGUGCUGCAUAUGGUGGCCAAGAAUGGGAAACUGGAAGUUCUAAAGCAUGCCAUUAGCGCUGGUGCGAUGCUCGAAGGCACGGACAACUUGGGGAGAACACCACUGGUUGCGGCGAUGGACGAGACGCUCAUACUCGACCCAGGAAAAUGGCCUGGGCUUGUAAGUUGCGUCGAGUGCCUGGUCCAGCACGGGGCGCUUGUAAAUCCACGGGGGGGUUCAGCGUUGGCCCAGGCUUUACGGUAUUACGAGGCAAACCCCGUGCCUCACAAAGGCAUGAUGGAUCUCGUUCAAUGCUUGCUCAAGCAUGGCGCUGAUAUCAACCGAAGGAGCUCGGGGGGUUAUACAGCAGUACAUGCACUUUGCUUGGCAAUAAUGCGCAAAGGGCCCGACUCAUUGUUACGAAGACUUCUGGAAAGGUUCAUCAAGGACGGAGGCAACGUCAAGCUGGAAGUCCCAUGGCGCCAUUCACUCCUCUACACAGCCAUGGUUCGAUAUGACUCGAAACCGGCGUGGCUUUUCAGGUUGUUGCUUCGAGAGGGCGCGACGAUUCGACAACAGGAAGCCAACGAGGUUUUCCUCAAGUGGAGUCGGACUCCUCAUCUUCACAGAAAGGGCAAAGGCUACUAUGAUAUUGAACAGCACAAAGCCGACAUUACCAUGAGCGUCAUACAGAGAGCCUAUCGCCACGCAAUGAGCAUCCGGAGCCCGGCGCUGUUCAGGGCGCUGCUCAGAAGCGGAAUCGAAAAGCCUUCGAAUGACUUUUUGGUGAACACGGCACUGUCCUCGUCCUUUUCGUGGAUUUGGACCAUGAUGACACGACUCGACUUUGCGGGUACGUAUGUCAAACCUGGCUCGGAUAUGCAGACGAUGCUUCAUCUCUUGGUGCGUGAAUUCUGCGUAACCAGGGAUUACACCGACCAGCAGGCAUCGAAAGAUGCUCGUCACUUGCUGAGGAAAGGAGCGGUGAUUCUCGCGCAAGACGGCGAAGGCAAAACUGCCCUGGAACGACUAAAGGAGGAUCCCGUCGCACGGGCGAAGGGAUGUCACAUAUUAACCAAGGUUCUGACCCAGAAAGUGCCACGAGGGCGUAGAAGAGAUGAGCAAGAAAAGGCCGACAACAGCGCCUGA